CUGUAGAUUGUAGAUUGUACUCUCUGUUCUUUCGCCCUCGCUUCCCGAUCACGCGUCCAAUCCUUCUCCCCUCCCACCGCCGUUACAAGUACAAUCCCUCGACGGCGACGCUGGUCGACUUCCUGCUGCACCACUCACACCUCUUGCUAAUAAGAGUACCUCAACCUUACCGGCGCUGUCAGCCUCUGACUUCAAGCAUCCUUUUACUCGUCCCCAGCGACAGUCACCAACUGUAUGAGGAAAUGCCCCAAAGAAGCAGAAAGUUUUGUUUGGAACAACAUUCCUCACUUUGGCGGCUGAUUGCGGCAGCUAGGUAGGAUGGAGUGAAUCCUUCAUUUGGGCCGGUAGACGGUACAUAUUGAACAGCUGUUCCCCUUUUCGUAAAAGCGACUGUUCUUGGAAUCACUUCAUCCCGUAGCCUGGUCUUCUGCGUAGUUGUAUAACAUACACCAAGUACUUUGGUGGCUGUUGAAAGGAAGGGUUUUUCUGUACUGGGUAGUCUUAAAUCGGCUGUCUCUCGACAGGUAAGAUUUAGUUUUGGCAUUUUGUUUCAUCUGGAUUUGCUUCUCCGUGCUUUAAUGUAAAUGCAUUGCAUGCUUCUAUUUCCUCUUUCUGUUGUUGAUAUUUGCAGCACAGAUUUUUCUUUGUGAUGUGAAUUGUGAUGCUUAACGAUGGUGAUAAUUAAGGUUCCAUGCUCUCACUUUGUUUGAACAUUUCUUGUCUGCAACAACAAUAUGGAUGAUGUUAAACCGUAGGAGGAGGAGGAUAUGGUAGGGAAUUCUAAGAGGCGCAAGAAGAAACUCGAAGUUAGGGGCCAUGAUGUGGAAGAACAAAUUGACAGGUUUAGCGAUCUUCCGGAUAACAUUAUCGAACGCAUUCUCUCGUUCCUCGACACGAAAUCCGUAGUUCAGACCAGCAUUCUAUCGAGGAGGUGGAGAUGUCUAUGGAAAGCAGUUCCUAGCCUCAAUUUCUACAGGAAGUGUUUCCGCAAAAAAUCUAGCUUCAUUGAACACGUGAACAAGUUUCUCUCUCUCAGAUUUGAUUCUGUGACUGUUGGGAGCAUCACCUUCGACUUUGGAAGAGAUUUGUGGCGAAGAGAUGGUAUAGAGCUAUUUCAUAGUGUCAUGCAACACGCUGCUGCCGGCAAUGGUGGCCAUCUUCGGCAUUUGUCCAUCGCUUCAGCAAAAUCCAGCGACUUAGCUGCCUCCAUUGUUGUUUUUGAUCAUCAUGAGUCGCUCCAAAUACUGAAGCUAAAAGGAUCGGAUCUUCACAAUUCUGCACUUGCUUCUUUGGGUUUUAAAUUGCUGACAACUCUGGAACUGCAUCGAUGUCAUCUGCCGGAGCCUUUAGCUAAUCUCCCAGCUUGUUUGAACUACUUAAAGCUUCUUGACUGCACAUCACCACAUCGCAUGAAAGUAUCAGCACCCCAGUUGCUGGAUCUGGAGAUUAGAAGUCUAAAUUGUGGCGGAGUUGAAGUUUCUGCUUCGAAGCACAAAUCUUUCCGCCUAGGGUAUGACUUAAUAGGCUUAAAAGUGACGCCCUACACGUUGAAUUUCCCUUCUCUGGAUCAUGCAAAUAUCCGCAUCUGGUCCGAGCCAGUUGUUUGGAGCAAUGAUGACGACCCAAUAUUGGAAGAUUACUGUCGAGCAUAUAUGAACUUGUUGCGGGGUUUGCAUAAUGUAGAGUUUCUCGGUCUUUGUUUUGACAAGUCGGAUCGUGGAAACCCUUGGCAAGAACGCCUCUUCUCCUUCAGCAGAAUGAAGCCAUUAAUCGAUUCGUCAGAAGCCUCUCCUUUUACUAGAUUGAAGACACUGACGGUGCUGUAUCCGGAAGAUCCGCCUAGCCUACCGUAUGAAGUGAUCCGUUACUUCUUCGAGAGCUCGUCUAGUACCGGAGAAAAGUCUGUUAAAUUCGAGGAAGAUCAAAUAAGUAAUGGAUCAUAGUAUUAUGUAUUGUGAAGUGGCAUUGAACUGUUAAAGAGUGUAGCAAGUAGUAACAGAAUGUCAAGAUGGAAGGAAUGAUGUAUUGAGGCAAUGGCGCCACUAAUUUUGUCAAACACUACUACACUAGUGUGUCAACUGGGUCCAACUUCAGCUGUCUUUUUGGAUGAAUGAUUUCAGCUUGUUCUAUCAAUAGGAUGUGUUCUUUCUUCACAGAAACUAGCAGCUGGCAGGGUGGUGGCUCAGACUCCAUUUCGAUGCCAUCCAUCCGGAACUGCAAUUGAUCUAAUUCAAGCUCAGUUCAUCGUUGCCCAACAGCAGCAAGUUCUUUCUGAUUCGCGGCAGCGUAGCUGGAGGAGUAGGGGGGCGGCUUGUGGUUUGCCAGUCGGAGCUACCUUCUCAGGUUCCUCUGCGGGUCUCUAAAUGGCGGCAGCAGUAGACUGUUAAUAUGGUAACUGACUAACGGCGAUUGAGGUCACCCGGGUAACAGUUGCUGUAACCGGUCUUCGAUUCGAACAUGUAAACCGGGUCGGUUCUCGCCGGCGCUCAGUUGCUUCAGAGCGCCACAGACGUCUCGCGAGACUCGCCACUUGGCAUCCUUCUCUCGCAACGUAUCGAACCUUUCUCUGUGUAAACGAAAUGAACACUUGCACUUUCC